UGGAUUUAUAUUGAAAAUAAUGAAAACAUAGAGCCGGGUAAAUAUUUCCGGCAAAUCGAAGAAGCGGAAAAAAGGGAAAUUUAUUUGGAGAAUUUAGAGAAGCUUAAAGAGAGUGUUGGAGUGUUUAAAAAUGCUGUGGAUGGUAUUAUAAAUAAAAUUGAGAAUUUUAAGAGUAGAAACAAGUUAAUUGACAAUAAAUUAUGUACACAUGAAAAAGUUAAAAAUUGGUUGAAAAAUUAUGAUAGUAAUGAUGAAAUGACUCGAAUUGUAUUAGAAGAGAUUGCUCAAUGUGAAGAGAUGAUGGAGAAAAACAAAGAUGUCAAAAAGGGAAAAAGAGCUAGAUAUUUUCAGAAAUUCUGUGGGUGUUUGGGACCUUCUACUUCUUAUGAUGAACAUUCAUCUGGUGGACAUUCACCUCCUCCAAAGCAUCCAAAAACACCCGAAGAUUUAAUUAAUUUAGUGAUUGAAUGUAAAGUGUUUAUUAGAGAUUUACAUUCUGAGGGUGCAGAAGGCUCUUUGAUUGAUAUAUUCUCUUUUAUGGAUAGUGAUCCUAACAUGAAUGAUUUAAAAAACAUUUUUGAAUUGUCAAAAAUACAAACUGAAAAAUUGGACCAAGCUAUUUAUAAAAGAAUUUAUGAGGAACACAAGGAAGGAAUCAAAAAUAAACACGCAGUUGUGCAGGGGGCUGGUCCAGUCGGUUUAUAUGCUACCUACAAACUUUUUAUGGGUAAUUUUCUGUUUUUGAAAAGUUCUGGUCUAAAGAUAUUGAGGAUAAUAACGCAAAGGCAUAACUUGCUCAAAUUAUUUUACGAAUCUUAA